AUGCAUGUCAUGCUGCUCCCCUGCUGUGUCCUGGUUCUUCUGCUGCCCCGUCCAUGUUUUACGGCGCCCACAUUUAUCCCAGAGGCAUUGAGCUCUCCCUCCGCAGAACCACAGGUUGACUUGAAGCUGGCCACAGAAUACCUUCAGCAGUAUUACAACCUGCAACAAGAGCCCAUGGUGCGCAUGAAGCGGAGCGGGCCCACCUUCACCUCCAAAGUGAAAGACAUGCAGAUGUUCUUUGGGCUCAAUGUGACGGGUGUGCUGGACGUAGACACCAGGGAGGUGAUGAAGAGCCCUCGAUGUGGCGUUCCAGAUGUGGAGGAGUACAGCCACAUUCAGACAACACGCUGGAACAAGAACGUCAUCACCUACAGCAUCGGCAGGUACACCAGGGAUUUGCCUCGUAGCACUGUGGACUCUUUGGUUGAGUCAGCGUUCAGCGUCUGGGCCAGAGCCAGCAGCCUGACGUUUGUAAGGUCGCACACCCGCAACGCUGACAUCAUGGUGGAGUUUGUGACCUACGCUCAUGGUGACUUGUAUCCAUUCGACGGACCCAGUGGCACGCUGGCUCAUGCCUUCGGUCCAGGGUCGGGUGUUGGGGGCGACACCCACUUUGAUGAUGCUGAGCACUGGACUGCAGGAGGAAGAGGCUUUAAUCUUUUCGUGGUUGCUGCACAUGAAUUUGGCCACGCUUUGGGACUAAAGCACUCCAGAAACCCAGACUCACUGAUGUACCCGACCUACAAGUCCUCCCAUCCUGCCAACCUCCUAUCCAGAGAAGAUGUAGCAAAUAUCAACGCACUUUACAGUAAAGAUCACUCUCCGAGGUACGAAUGGAGCUCUCAGUAUAACCAGUGGACGUCAGGAUCUCUGUUCCCUCGACUCCUGCAGAACAAAUGUUCUCCAGACAUGACCUUUGACGCAGUGUCCACUCUCGGGGAUGCCACUUUCUUUUUCAGAGAAAGAUAUCUCUGGAUUAAACAUAACGAACAGUUCGACAUCAAAGAAGGUCCCAUCACCAACUUCAUGCCCAAGAUUGAAACGAGCAUCGAUGCUGCUUUCUGGGUACCUCGCAGAUCCACUGCUUAUCUUAUUCAUGGGUCAAUGUUCUGGACAGUGAAAGGUUCUCUUGUGAAAGGGAAGCCCAGAGCACUCAGCCACUUUGGAUUUCCAGUCUGGGUGCAGGAGGUUGACGCAGCCGUGCACAUAGUGAAAACAGGACGCACACUCUUCUUCAUGCAUGACAUUUACUGGAGUUACAAUGAAAACCGAAGGGUUAUGGACUUUGGUUAUCCAAAGUACAUCAGCGAGGAUUUCCCAGGAAUCAACUCGACAAUAAAUGCUGCUGUUUAUAAAGAUGGUUUCAUCUACUUUUUUCUCGGACCACAAGUCUACCAAUACGACUACACCCAGAAACUUGUUGUCGCAGGCUACCUCAGGAGGUUUUACAACCUGAAUCACAGAAGCAGAGACAGAAUGCCAGUGAGGCGGAUUCGCUCCACGCCUGUCGUGGAGGAGAAGGUUAGAGAGAUGCAAAACUUCUUUGGUCUGAGAGAGACGGGACAACUGGACCUCCCCACCCUGGAUGUAAUGAGGGAGUCGAGGUGUGGUGUUCCAGAUGUGGACAACUUCAGCUUUUACCCAGAGAAGCCAAAAUGGAGAAACCAUACCAUCACAUACAUGAUUGCCAAAUACACUCCGGACUUGAAGAGAGAGGAUGUGGAAAAGUCCUUUCGCUCAGCGCUGAAGAUGUGGAGUGAUGCCGCACCACUGAGGUUCAUUAGAGUCAACCACGGCAAAGCUGAUAUUGUCUUCUCCUUUGCCCGCAGAACUCAUGGAGAUUUCUUUCCCUUUGACGGGCCCCGGGGUGUGCUGGCUCACGCCUUUCAGCCUGGAGAGGGGAUAGGAGGAGACGUGCACUUUGAUGAGGAUGAAAUGUGGACAGCAGGGAGUCAAGGUUACAGCCUGUUUGCUGUUGCAGCUCAUGAACUUGGCCACUCACUGGGUCUGACUCACUCGAGGGACCCCUCUGCGAUCAUGUACCCCAAUUACAGGCAUCACAGCAGUACACAGUACUCGCUGUCCAAAGAUGACGAGCUUGGUAUCCAAACAUUGUACGGAAAACCCACCAAAACUGUGGACACUCAACAGGUUCCCAAAAAGUGUGACCCCAACUUCUCUUUCGAUGCAGCUACUAUGAUUGGAAAUUAUAUUGUUUUCUUUAAAAACAGGUACAUGUGGAUGAGGACAACGAGGGCGACCUACUGGAAUCGCCUAAGCGAGGGCCACAGCAGCUCAUAUUUGCCCAGCAUCAGUUCUCACGUCGAUGCCGCGUAUGACAUCCCAGCCAAAGGCUUGGCAUACAUAUUCACUGGCAGCAUCUUCCUCCUCAGUGGGAUAAAGUCCUACCAGUACGACUUCAAGCAAAAACGGGUGAGCACUCAUGUUUACCACCAAACUGAACUGUGGUCAGUGUACAUGAGAGGUUAUCGAAAGGCACAAGAGAACACUGUAAACAAGAAGGUAUCAUCUCCUCCCACUGUGUUAUCUCAGGGGCCACUCUUUACUCCCCCCUCUGGCACAGGGGCUUAUCUUAGCAUAUCCUGGAAUGCUCUUAUUCAGCUUUUAUCAGAACGAUACACACCUCGGGACGUUGAAGCUGCUCUUAUAAGAGGAGAGCGGAUGGAGAGAAGGGAUCAACUUAACAACAUGUCCCUCACUGAAUUUUGGGUUGUACUACUGGCUUGUUUGACGCUUUGUCAGUCGGCACCGACCAAAGCUCCAACCGUUUCACCGAAGGAUGAGAGACCUUGGGGGAGGAUAAUCAGGGACACUCCAGAUCUGACGCAGAGGCAGGUGGAUGCAACCAUCGCUCCAACCGUUUCACCGGAGGAUGAGAACCUGGCUCAGGGAUAUGUCUCUCAGUUUUAUGGCGAUGUUGGAACAAGUAACGUGACAUUUCGAAGUCUCGUCAAUGAUUCAUUCAGUGAGGACCUGGAGUCAAUGCAGGCUUUCUUUGGCCUAGAGGUGACUGGCGUCCUGAAUAAAGAGACAGUGGAGGUGAUGAAAGCACCGAGGUGCGGCGUGUCAGACAUCAGCCGAUAUGGACACUUCCAUGGGAAACCCAAAUGGGAGAAAAGACUAAUCACAUACAGGAUAACCAGGUACACUCCAGAUCUGACGCAGAGGCAGGUGGAUGCAACCAUCGCUCAGGCAUUCCAACUCUACAGUGACGUCAUACCUCUGGACUUCAAACAGAUCUACACCGGCAACGCCGACAUCAUGAUCCUCUUCAAGGGUGGAUAUCACGGGGACUUUUACCCUUUUGACGGAGCGAGUGGCGUCCUGGCUCAUGCUAACUCUCCCGGACAAGGCCAGGGGGGAGACACACACUUUGACGAUGAUGAAACCUGGACUCUUACCCAGAGAGGUGUGAAUCUGCUGUUGGUGGCGGCCCACGAGUUCGGCCACGCUCUGGGUCUGGAUCACUCCAGGGACAGACGUGCACUCAUGUACCCCACCUAUCGCUAUGUCGACACAAACGGUUACAGGCUACCAGACGAUGACAGGCGCGGGGUUCAAGCCCUCUAUGGAAGCCGUAGGCCAGUGCCCACAACCGCCCCAAAACCAAAACCAGAUCCUCGUCCUGAACCUGAACCAGAGCCAGAGGAGCCAACAGAAGGACCUGACCCUCUGCCAAACCCCCGAGACGAGCAGUGCAGCCGCGGGCUGGUGUUUGACGCAGCUACCCCGGUGAGGGGAGAGCUGUUCUUCUUUAAAAACGGAUAUUAUUGGAGAAAGUCUUCAAAUGGAAUCCGUUUCACUAAAGUGGUGACAAAAUGGCGAGGGAUCAACUAUGUGGAUGCUGCGUUUGAAGUCCCACACAGGGAUGCGUUUUAUCUGUUUGAAGGUCGUCAAUACUGGGGCAUAAGGGCUUAUGCAAAGACAAUAAUGUCAGGUUAUCCAAAGUCUAUCACCCGCCUCGGCCUCCCCUCCUCAGUCAGUAAGGUGGAUGCAGCUGUUUAUGUGCCAAAUACUAGGAAAACACUCAUAUUUGUGAAAACACAGUAUUGGAGCUAUGAUGAGAGCAAAAACCAAAUGGACUCUGGAUACCCGCGAUCUAUCACUUGGGAUUUUCCAGGCAUUGGCUCCAAAGUAGAUGCAGCCUUUGAGAAUUAUGGUUAUCUAUACUUCUCAAGUGGAGCCAGACAGAGUGAGUAUGACCUGACAAACAAAAGGGUGGUGCGUGUACUGCUCAACUACGGCUGGCUCAACUGCUACUGACACACAACUGCAGAAUCCCAUGAAUGAGUCAAGUGAAGAACAAUGUUAAGUUUUACUCUAUGAUGAGGGGAACCUUGCUUGAAUACAGAUAUUGUUCGACAUAUUUCAAAUAAACGCAACUGAGGCAAAGUCAGUGAUCAAUUCUGUCAACAAUCUCUGACCUUCAUAUUCUCCUGCUUAAUUUUGUUCUGUAUGGAAUGUGCUGAUGUUCUCCUCAUUUCAGUAAUGUUAGAUGGAACAUUUCUUGUGUCUUACAAAUAAAUAUUAAAAUGGAUUCAUGCAAA